UUAGAAUUUUACACCGAUGGAACUCUUACAGACGUCAGUCUUCCUUCAAUCAAAAUGAGGAUUGCUUGGUUACAAUCUCAUCAGAAUUCGCCCAUGGCCUUCUUUAACACCGCUUUAGCCUUCAGCUUUCUAUCAUCAUCAAUACCUGAAUUUGCAGCUCUGUUCACAGCACUCCUGACUGCUCCUACAAAUUGUAAA